UGGCGGACUGCUAGGGUAUACCAAGGUAGCUGGUAGGUAGGUACUCCAUCACAGGGGAGAUUCCUGAGCAUGGAUCAGGAUCUGAGGAUCUUAUCUGUGGGAUUCGGAUGAUCCUUUGCCUUUUCCUUUACCUACCGUCAGGCUGAUGCAAGCGGACGGCCGUGGGGCGUUACCUAAUGACCAGCCUGGAGUGGAGAGCCGAAGCGGGCCUGACGUAUGAGACGCGAUGGGUCGGUGGCAGCACCCAGCCAUGGCCUUUGCCCGAGGGAGAAAACCCAGAGAAAAAAAUUCGAUGUCACUCCCAAACUGUGUGGUCGAGCUGUCUCCGUCCCUGUCUGACUACUCUCUUCCUUGCGAGGCUGUCUUCUCCGCUGGCUGAGCUGAGGAUCCGCAUCCAUCCCUUCUGUGCCUCAUUGACCCCUCCCCCUCCAGUCAGUCAGUCAUGGGUCACGACGACGCCUAUUUCCCCGGCAAGCCGGGGGUCGACAGUGCCAUCUCCGAGCAGAAUGGCGCGGGCUCGUCCGGCGACAGCAGCGUCCACUCGGGGCUGCGUGAGCGCAGACGCAACAUGGAUGAUGGAAAGGACAUCGAGAGCGACCACGAGGGCGAGGAGACCAAGCUGAAGCGCAACCUGAAGAACCGCCAUCUGCAGAUGAUCGCCAUUGGUGGCACCAUCGGAACCGGACUCUUCAUCAGCAGUGGAACGGCUCUGGCUGAAGCCGGCCCUGCGGGCGCCCUGAUCGCGUAUGCCUUCGUCGGCUCGAUCGUCUACUCGGUGAUGUGCUCGCUAGGCGAGAUGGCGACGUACAUCCCCAUCACCGGCGCGUUCACCUCGUACGCAGCACGCCUCGUCGACCCGAGUCUGGGCUUUGCGAUGGGCUGGAUAUACUGGUUCAACUGGGCGUCGACCUACGCAGUGGAACUGACCGCCACGGGGAUGAUCGUGCAAUACUGGAACGAGAACCUGUCGAUUGCAAUAUUCAUCGGCGUGUUCUGGGUGAUCAUCUCGGCGCUGAACUUCCUCCCGGUGGGCUUCUACGGCGAGCUGGAGUUCUGGUUCUCGCUGACCAAGGUGCUCACCGUGCUGGGCUUCAUGAUCUUCGCCAUCUGCAUCGACGCCGGAGUGGGCAAGCAGGGCUACCUGGGAUUCAAGUACUGGCACGACCCCGGGGCGUUCGCCUCGUACCUGAUCACCGACAACGAGGCGCUGGGCAAGUUCGUCGGGUUCUGGGCGGUGCUGAUCCAGGCUGGGUUCUCGUAUCAGGGCACCGAGCUGGUGGGCGUCGCGGCGGGCGAGACCGAAAACCCGCAGAAGACAGUCCCCUCGGCCAUCCGCAAGACCUUCAUCCGCAUCCUGAUCUUCUUCGUCCUGACCAUCUUCUUCAUCGGCCUGCUCGUGCCCCACGACAACCCGGACCUGGCCAGCGGGUCCGACAACGCCUCCGCCUCGCCCAUGGUCAUCGCCGCCAAGCUGGCCGGCGUGCAGGUCCUGCCCAGCCUGAUCAACGCCGUCCUGCUGACUGUCGUGCUGUCGGCCGCCAACUCCAACGUCUACAGCGGCAGCCGCGUGCUCCUCGGCCUGGCACAGGAGGGCUUCGCGCCCCCGGUCUUCGGCUGGGUCACCCGCCGGGGAGUGCCCUACGUCAGCGUGGCCUUCACGGCGCUCUUCGGCCUGCUCGGAUUCAUGAACGUCUCCGACUCCGGCACGACGGUCUUCAACUGGCUGGUCAACAUCUCCAGCGUGGCCGGAUUUAUCUGCUGGACCUCCAUCAACGCCAGCCACAUCGCGUUCAUGAAAGCGCUCAAGGCGCGCGGCAUGUCGCGCGACUCGCUGCCCUACAAGGCCAUCUGGCAGCCGUGGCUGGCCUGGUACGGCCUGUUCUUCAACAUCCUGAUCAUCUUCACCCAGGGCUUCACGGCCUGGAUCCCCACCUUCAACGUGUCGGACUUCUGGGUCGCGUAUAUCUGCCCCGUCCUGUUUGUGAUCCUGUACUGUGGCCAUAAGGCGUGGUAUCGCACCAGCUUCGUUCGGCCCAUCGAUGCCGAUCUGGACACCGGCCGUCCGCAGCAGAGUUCCUGGGAGUCGAGCAACCCCAAGGAGGGCUGGAUGAGGAGGAUCUGGGAUAGUAUUAUGGGGUAGAUGUGCGAGUGCUGGAUACCUAUCUCAUCCGUGGGUUCAGUGUGCGGCUGCGUAAAUACGGCAUAGAGCUUGCUGGCCAGGGUGAAUGUGGAUACGGAUAUGUGAUGCAUAUAUGGAGUUUGGCGUGUAUAGUACAGUUUAGUUUCGGUCAGUUUAGUUCUAC